AUGGAUACCGCAAUGACCAGCCUCCCUCCGGAGGUGAGCGCCAUUCUAAAUACCAACUUCACAAUCGUCCAGGUUGUGGCUAUGUUCUCGAUCGGAGCGUGGAACUCAUUAGAAGUUGUGAUUGGCAUAUUCGAGAGGUUCAAAAGGUACCGUGGGCUAUACUUCUGGAGCAUGCAAAUUGCGGCAUGGGGAAUAUUGUUACAUGCCAUACCAGCUCAAGUUCGCUAUACCACCCAGGCCAAUUCCGUUUCUAUGUCAGUCCCGUUUCUCUUUGGCUGGAUUUGCAUGGUGACCGGACAAGCGGUAGUGCUGUACUCAAGAUUGCAUCUCGUUGUGUCCGACGUGCGUCAUGUACGAUGGGUACUAUGGAUGAUCAUAGCCAACUUUUUCAUUCUCCACAUUCCUAUGACAGUCCUAUUUUUUCUCAACGUUGGCAAUAUAUCGCCCGGCCACGUAUUGGUAAUCUACGACCAUUUGCAGACAACAGGAUUCGCCAUCCAAGACACAGUAAUGUGUGCCAUCUACAUCCGCGAAGCACUCAGAGCGCUCAAACCCGUCUUCGAAUUCAGAGGCACCCAAGGGCGAAAGAUCAUCUACAGAAUCCUCUUCGUUAAUCUCGUCGGGAUCCUGCUCAACGUAUGCAUCCUUAUCGCCAAUUACAAAGUCCACUACAUCGUCAUCAGCUUCAAGACAGUCGCCUACAGCAUCAAGCUGAAGCUUGAAUUCCACGCCCUCACACAGCUCCGCGAGUUGACACGCACAUACUCAUGCACUUUGUGCCAAGGGGUUAAUGGUAACCCUCGUGGUUCAAGCGACAUCAAUCUCUUCCACAUGCUCGCAAAUAAUCCUCCGUCGCAGGAUACUGAGGCGCAAGCUAGCUCCAGUGCUGCGGGGACUGCGACCCCGGAGCCGCGCUCAGCGAGCAGCGGAACAUACGAUUUCCACGAGGCACUUCGCCAGACGAUGCCGACUGUGGACUCUGUGGAGGCGGAGGCAAGUGUUAGGCCUCGGAUGCACUCGUCUGAUACGCAAUCUAUGUGGAAAUGA